UUUGAAAAUCUAUUAAGUAAGAGUGGAUGCUUAUUUGUUGGUGGCGUAUAAAUUUAAUAAAAGUAAAAUAAAACAAGAAAAAACUAUUAAAAGCUAUGAAUAUUUGAAUUUAUUAACUUGACGGGUAUUACACGUAAUUUGGCAAUGUGGUGAUUCGUACGUACUAGUGAAGUGUUAAAUAAUAUUGUUUUUUUUACACAAAAACGAAAACAAAAACAACUUCUAUACAUGUGUUUAGCAAAAAGAAAACGUCAUUAAAAAACAACUGAUUUCUCUUGGAGGGUCGCGCGAUUUUGCGUAAAAAACAGAAAAUAUACACAAACAAAAUCGGGAAAAAAUAGAAAAAUUAUAAAAGAAAUUAGUAAAUGAUGGUGAAGGUGCAUUAGCAAAUUAGUUUAGUAUAAAAAAAGCUGGAUGACAACAAAUGAUUUAGCAAAUAAGGUGAAAUAUUUCAACAGAUAAAGUGUAAUUGAAAUGCAAAUUAUAAAAAAAUACAUAUUGAUUUUCUUCUAAGUGAAUAAAAUGAGACAAACAACAAUAAACACCAAUGUAAGGUUCCUGUUUUGAAAAGAGAAAAAUGUGCUAAAAGUACUCGUCGUACCUGAGCUGGAAGCAACAAAUAACAAUAAAGUGUCCUCACAAAAUUACCUAAAUCACCUACAACUACCUCGCUGAUUUUAAAUUAUUUAUUGUAUAAAUAUCUCAACUACCCCAUAAUAUAUUGCAAAUAUGUCUAAUUUUGAUGCCUGGGAUUAUGCGGUGUUGAUCACCAUCCUGGCCAUAUCGGCAUCUAUAGGAAUUUAUUAUCGCCUAUCGGGCGGCAAACAAAAAACCACCAAAGAAUAUUUAAUGGCUGAUCAAAGUAUGUCAGCGUUACCAGUAUCAUUUAGUUUAAUGGCGAGUUUUAUGUCGGCCAUAACUCUGCUGGGUGUCUCCAAUGAGAGUUAUCAGUUUGGCAUUAUGUUCUGUGCCAUUAAUAUAGCCUAUAUUUUAAGUACACCUCUGGCAGCUUAUGGAUUUCUACCGGUUUUCUAUCGCAUGCGCACCACAAGUGUUUAUGAGUAUUUGGAGCGACGUUUUGGCCACAGCAUGCGUUUGGUGGCUUCGUUGGCCUAUUCAGUACAAAUGAUUUUAUAUAUGGGCAUAGUAUUGUAUGCACCCGCCUUGGCGCUGGAAGCUGUAACGGGUUUAAGUCAUGUGGCCGCCAUUUUAGCUAUAGGUUUAGUUUGUACCUUCUACUCGACUCUGGGUGGCAUGAAGGCUGUGCUCAUCACUGAUGUCUUUCAAUCUUUACUCAUGUUUGCCGGCAUUUAUUCGGUGAUUAUAGUAUCGGCCAUUAAGGCUGGAGGUCUUCAGCCCAUUUGGCAAGCGGCUCAGGAAACAGGUCGUUUAGAUGUUAGUGCCAUUUCCUUGGAUCCUACAAUACGUCAUACUUGGUGGAGUUUAAUUAUUGGUGGUAUGGUUACUUAUCUAUCACUGUAUGGUGUUAAUCAAACUCAGGUGCAACGUCUCUUAAGUGUGAGGGACUUGAAAGGUGCUCAGGCGGCGCUAUGGUGGAAUUUGCCUAUUUUGAGCUGUUUGAGUUUUAGUACUCUGUUUACGGGUUUGGCGAUAUUUUACUAUUAUCGCAAUUGUGAUCCUGUGCUGAAUGGCCGCAUUAAGUCCAGAGAUCAAUUGAUGCCGCUAUUUGCUGUGGAUACUAUGGGUCAAUAUCCCGGCUUGUGUGGACUCUUCGUAUCGGGCAUCUUCUCUGCCAGUCUCUCAACUGUGUCUUCAGCUGUUAGCUCUCUCUCCGCCGUAACUUUAGAGGAUUAUUUAAAACCUUUAUAUAAGAAAAUAUUCAAAAGAGCCAUGACCGAUUCCAGCACCACAUUGCCCUCGAAAAUAAUGGCCUGUAUAUAUGGUCUAGUAUGCAUAGCUUUGGCCUUUGGAGCCGGUUCAAUGGGUGGAGUAUUGCAAGCUUCACUCACUAUAUUCGGUGUAGUAGGUGGUCCUCUAUUGGCUGUUUUCACUUUGGGCAUGUGCACCACGAGAGCUAAUCAAAGAGGUGUAAUAGCAGGACUGUUGUGUGGUCUGUGUUUUGCAUUUUGGAUUGGUUUUGGUGGACCCAAACCACCACCACCAUCUUUGCCGCUAUCCGAUGAUGGCUGUAUCGCCGCUAAUACAACUUUAGUAGCGGAAUCAUUAAGAGUCAUAGAGGAGUUUGUUAAUGAAACCGUAAGCACUACAACGGAACAAAGUUUAAGUGCAGCACCCCACUAUUUCUGGCUUUAUCGUCUGUCGUAUAUGUGGUAUUGUGUUUUGGGUUUCAUUAUCACUCUUUGCUUAGGCUAUAUGUUUAGUUGGCUACUGGAACGUUUCGAUUGGGCUGAUAAUUCUCAGAUAUAUUUGGAUUUGGCCUGCAAACAAUUGGACUAUGACUUAUUUGUGCCUUUACUGUCGCGCAAAUUGCAAGAACAAGCUGCUGCUUCAGAAGAGUUGGGUAAAUUAAAUUAUUGUCAUACGGUGACUUAAAAAUCUAGUUAAUUUUAUUUAUAUUGCUAUCAAUAUUAUAAUUUUUAUUGUAAAUUUUUUUAGCGCUUAAGUUUUUAUAUGUAAGGGUUUUAAUUUGUAUUAAGUUUGAAAAUAAGGGGGUUCUAUUCUUUUCAUAUAUAAAUUAGCUAUCUCAUUAGAGAAUAUUUUUACUUUUAUAUAAAUUAAAGUUUUCAGUUCAAAUUUUUAAGUUUAAAAUUGUGUUUUUAUAGGAAUUCUACUUUAAUAUUAUGUUAAUUUACUUAAUUUUUAAAAAAUUACUUACUUUGUAACUAAGUUUUACUUAAUUUUAACAAAAACUUAAUUUAACUUAAUUUUUUCUUGAUAUUAAUUUAUUUGUUAAUUAAAUUAAUUUUUAAAGAAAAACUAAAAUAUUGAAAUACAUUUCUACUGAAAAGUGAACUUUAAAAGUUCAAAUGUAA